AUGGCACUGAAGCGAGAUUCUGUACCACCACCAAGACCUCCAGCUCCAAAAAGCUUAACUAGAAGAUCAGCAUCAAAUAAUUCCAUAAAGAAAAGCUUUAAACUACUGGAGGAGGAUGAAGAAGAUGAAGAGGACUUGACAAUUUUAACAGGAGAGUUUGACAAAAAGUUGGACAGGACUAAGGCAGAUGCAAAUGCCUCGAAAGGUGACAGAUCAAGGGAGUCAACACCUGUGAAAACUGCAAGCUCAACUCCCCAGAAUGAAUCAAAAAGCCUUGGCCUGAAUCAAAGAUCAAGAUCAUUGGAUGAUGACAAGACAUCAAGUAACGUCUCCAGAAUAAAGCAGAAUUUUGUUGAUAUAUCUUCAGGACUGAAAGACAAAUUAGCUAAAAAAUGGGAAGAACUAUCUGCAGAAAUCAAUUCUCCAGUAGAUGUUGAUCCAAAUCAAAAGACAGAAGAAAUAGUUGAUGAAGAUACCCUGAAUUCAAGACUUGAUGUAAAACGACUAGAAAUUCAAGUGUCAGAAAGUGGCGAAGAAAAUUUAAUCAUAGAAACAGCCAAGAACAGUACUUCGGUUGAACAUAUCAAAAAUGAAUCUGACAAGAAGGUGUUAGUUAGAUCACAUAGACUACCUCCUACACCAGAGGAAAUGCCUGCUGAUACUUCAGAGAUUCAUUUAGUUGAGGAUUUUUACAAAACAGAACCAAAUGAUGUCAUAACCGACACAAGUGUGCAAUCAAAUGAACUUCGUCAGCGAAACAAUAGUAGUUUAAAGAAGAUUAUGAAAAACAAAGGCUCGAAGGCAUCAAAUUCUCCAACAGGAACACCAGUGUCAAUGUCAAAGUUGAUGACAAAGAAUGACUCUGAAGAUAUUGAUCAGAACAUUGAAGUGUUAAGUGCAAAUACAGAAUUUUUUGAUGCAUCAGAUAUGGAGUUGACCUCAAGUGACCCUGUAAAGUCAGAACUCAUUACUGGUAACCAGAAACCCAAAGUACCAACAGGACAUGUGUCAGAUUUUACUGCUGUUCCAGUGAGGAAAUUAGCAGCAGGGAGUAUUUUCAUUUUCCUUUAUUGGAUCUUGCCUCUCCCAUCAUAUUUGUCGGGAAUGUUGAUGGGCAUAUUUCUUGCCUCAGCUGGAUGGGCUGUUUACUUGUGGUUAAAUAAACCUCCCACCCAGAGGCCUCCAAUUGAAAGGGUACCUGUGAGUAAGCUCCCACCGAUGGUUGUCCCUGAAAUGAAAGAUGUUGUCUCAGAGGAUGGAGUCUACAAGGGGUGGAUGAAUGAAAUUCCAAGCUAUGACCCUGAAAAAUACCACAUCAAUCAAACUCAUUCAAUCUAUGUGGAUUUAGAAAGUUCAGUUUUACGUUUGCGGCGACCAAAGACAAACAUUGCUAGGCGUUCAAUGUGGGAUGAGCCUCCCAUCCAGACAUCCCCUUUCAUUCAUCAGAGACAUUACAACUUAGAAGGCAGCAAGGUGUUUCUGGUGCCUCCUGGCUUGGUGAAAAAACGCAUUUGGAGUAAAAAAUAUCCCAUCUGUAUAGCCUUGGCAAGCAUUGACCCAAAACAUCAUACAAUGAUGAAUGAGCAAAAACUUCCUGAGACUCCAGAAUCUGAGUCAGGGUUUGAAAUGGUUACAGAACAAACUUGUGGAAAUGGUCUUCUGUUUUUGUUUGCUAGGACUUGUAGAGAGAAAGAAGACUGGUACAAACGUUUUACUGCAGCUUCUGUAGGAAAGCCACUCCCCAGCCAUCUGGGUCUCAUCCGCAAGUGCAUUAGAAAGUCAUCUUCCCAGCAGCACCACAGCAGGAACAACAGCACUGAUGGUGUUGUACAACAAAAGAGGCAAGAAUCAACAGAGUCAACCUCAUCAGGCUCAUCAUCCCCAACCAAGGAACCAGACGAUGUCCCUGUGUCUAGUCAAUCUAGCAUGGAUGACUUUAUACGCUUCAUGAGCAGAGUGAUGCCAAAGGAAGUGAAAGACUCCCAGUCUAGUCCAACUCAUGUGAAGCGAGGAAUGCCUGAAUAUGUUAGCCCAAUUGACUGUGAUUUCAGUAUACUCUGGCUGAAUGCUCUCAUCAACAGAGUUUUUUGGGACUUCCUGCAUGAGCAAUAUUUCAUCGAUAAAGUCCUGGAUAAGUUGCAGAGAAAAUUAAGUAAAAUACAUAUUCCAUAUUUCAUAGAGGAGCUAAAAAUAACUAAUAUUGACCUGGGAAAUGAAGUGCCCAAUUUGCGUCGUGGAGCACGUCCUUACUUUGAUGAGCAGGGAUUCUGGGUGGAUAUAGACAUCAACUACGAGGGAGGAUUUCAGAUGACAAUAGAGACCAAAGUGAACCUUAUGAGGCUGAAGAAGACCGCACCUGUUGACAAACAUGAGACUGGGUCAGCCAGGAAGUCAGCAAUAACAGAUGAAGAUGAGGAAGACAGUGCUGAGUCGUCUAGUGAUGAGGAGGAAGAUGUUUCAUCACCCAGUACAGAAGACGGUGCACGAGGAGGUAAAGCCAGCAAAAAGAUUAUGGGCUAUCUGGGAAAGAUCACACAGUCUAAAUACUUCCAAAGUGCUACAGAGAUAAAGUAUAUCAAAAAGAAGAUGGAAGAGGUUUCUAACACUCCAAUAGAACUGACUGUUGAAGUGAGGAUACUGUCGGGGACCAUGGCUAUCAACAUUCCUCCCCCUCCCACUGACAGACUGUGGUAUGGGUUCAGAGGUAAUCCAAAGCUACACCUGGUUGCUAAACCAAAAGUUGGAGCAAGAGAACUGACUCUCACACACAUAACAGAGUGGAUUGAGAAAAAGUUGUCCACAGAGUUUCAGAGAACAUUUGUAUACCCUAAUUUGGAUGACCUUGAGGUGCCAACAUUUACCACAUUCACUCCAAAUGGUGUGGAUCCUACUGGUCAGAGUGGUAGUCUGUAG